CUGAUGCAACUCCCUACAGCGAAACACCUUCAUAUGCACCAACAACGUCGGGCAUGUUUCUCCCAUCCAACACGACAGAUUCCAGCCCACUGGGUCCCCUGUACAGGAAUCUGAUCCGAGAAGUCAUGGUGGACAUUGCGGCCACGUCGACAGUCGGAGACCUGGUGGUUGACAUGGCAACGCUGCAGACCGGUAACGUGACCAACGUGACGUACGUGCUGAUGUGCUGCACGUAUGACGUCUUCACCCUGCUGACGGACGGGAGGGUCCUGGUGACGUCACAGUUGGACUUCAACAUACAAUACUCCAUCCCCGUAGCUGAGCUGGAUUCUUUCGGCGCCAUCUUGACUGCUUACGUCAUCCACGUGAACCUGACCAGUGACGUCAGUCUGUACAAGGACCCGGAUGGACUCUGCAACACAACAUCGUUCUACGUCACUAUGGAGGAGAACUCAAACAUAGUUUCCGCGGACCUGGGCAGCCUGACGAACCAGUCGUUCUCCGGGGUGCAGUUCUACCUGGUACCGGGAGGGGACGCUGACAGGUUCUCCAUCGACUCUUCCAGCGGUGUCAUCACCCCCAACAGUCCACUGGACAGGGAGGAGAGGGACACUCUGGUCUUUAGGAUUGCCAUGGCUACCAGGUAUGACGUGACCUUCGGCACCGUGACCGUGACCGUGACGGACAUAAACGAUAACGCCCCCACCAUCGUGGAGACUUGGAGCAGCGAAUACAUCCUGCAGUCCACCCCCAUCAACUCCAUAGUUGGACUGGUCCGAGGCGAGGACCCGGAUGCGGGGGAGAACGCGACCUUGACCUACACCAUCGUGACGGAGGCUGAGGAAGACUUUUCUGAGCUGUUCUUCAUCAACAACGUCACGGGCGUCAUCACGGUCAUCAGCAACUUCAAGGUCAUCAGGGAGCACAUCCCUCUCAAGAUCAGAGCACUAGACAACGGCGAGCCACCACGGUUUGCAGAAACAACUGUGGAACUCUCCCUCCUGUCCAAUGAUGCGGUUGGAAACCUGACAAGACUGGAGGUCAGCGUUCGAGAGGACGUCGCCAUCGGAACUGCCCUCGUGAACGCCACAGUCCCGGCCAGCGCGGGGGACGGAACCAUCGUCUACACUUACGUCAUGCAGGACCCGUCAGGCAUCAACGUGAAUUUCUUUGACGUCCACAACGAAACUGGUGAGAUCACAGUUAUCUCAGAACUGGACCGGGAGACGGAACCUUCUCACCAGUUCUUUGUGGAGCCCAUCGCAGACUCCGGCUGUGCCAGGCAGGGUCUGAUCUUGGUGGUCAUCACCUUGGAAGAUAUCAACGACAACGACCCAGUCUUUAAACACCAGACCCUGCAGGGGACUGUCCGGGAGAACACCCCGAUAGGAGAACCUGUGAUAGUGAUCCCAGAACUGGCUGUCACUGACGAGGACUUUGGCAUCAACGGUAGCAUCUACUUGCACCUUUCUGGAACAGGUUCAAAUAAUUUUGCAGCAAACUCCACCACUGGACUCAUCUAUGUUAACGGCAACUUAGACUACGAAGCAGCGCAGAGCUUCAGUCUGACCGUAGAGGCGAGGGACAGAGACGGAACAUCGGGUUACAGAAGCGCCACAGCGCGGUUAGCUAUUGAACUGCAAGACGAGAACGACAACUCACCGCAGUUCAGUCAGGAAGACUUUCAUUUCUUCAUCCCUGAAAAUUCCAAUGACAGCGCACCUGUUGGAACAGUGCUGGCUACAGAUAGAGACUCUGGACAAGACGGUAAGGUGGAUCACUUUAUCGUGGACGGAGGGGACGGCGUGUUCCAGCUGGACUUCUCGUCCGGACAGCUGACGCUAGUCCGGGGGGAUCUACUGGACAGGGAGGCUGUGGACUGGUACACGCUGACCAUUAGGGCACAGGAUCGGGGUUCUCCGUCCCUUUACAAUUUUACCAACGUCAACGUCACGGUCACUGACGUCAACGAUAACGCCCCUUCCUUCGAUGACGACACACUACGUCACACCGUCACCAGAGAGCCAAUCCGAACCGAGGAGAACCUGCCGUCCGGGACUCACCUGUUGACGCUGUGCGUGACGGACCCUGACGCCGGCGUGAGCGGGGCGGUUCGUCUGGAUGUGAACACGGGCGGGUUCUUUGCAGUGAUGCUGGACAACUCCACCCAACACUGGGCCGUUGUGAGUAUGGGGGUGCUGGACCGGGAGGAGAGGGAGACUCAUGAGCUCGGCAUUACUGCUACAGACAUGGGAACACCUGCCUUAUCCAGCAGCAUCACCAUAGUGCUGGCAGUCGGUGACGUCAACGACGUGCCCCCGACGUUCCUGGAACCUCCUGACGAAGUCACCUUACUGGGUGGAUCUCAUCCGGGUACCCUGGUCGCCAUAUUUGCCGUCGAGGACCCGGAUGUGAACGGCACAAUCGAGUACAGCGUUGCUGGUGACCCGGAUGGGCUGUUCGGCAUCGACGAGGAAGGAGUUGUUGUCCUGGACAUGCAGCUUCCUAAUGAUGUGAUCACCAGAAAUGUGACCAUCGAGGUGACCGACGGGCUCCACCUCACCAACACGACACUCCGGGUGCACGUGGAGGACGGGUCAUCUCUGUCCAGUCUGGAGUUUCAGCAGGACAAUUACGACUUUGACGUGGUGGAAAACUCACCAUCGGGCACAGUGCUCGGAACGGUUAAUAUUUCAAGCGACCAGUCGGUCCUGUAUAACUUCCAAUCUGAUCAGAUGGGGCACAACUUCGCCAUCAACAACUACACGGGCGGGAUCGUAACACGACUUCCGCUGGACAGAGAGGAAUCGGAUGAACACUAUCUGAUCGUCGUGGCGACUGAACAAACUGUUAAUCCUCGGAAGGCGUACGCAGCGGUUGCUGUUCGUGUUGUAGACGUGAAUGACAACGCGCCUGAGUUCGGUGGGGAGACCUACGAUGUAGAUGUCUUAGAAAAUGUUCCAGUCGGUCACAUCGUCUUCAGCCCAUCUGCCUCUGACGCAGACGUUGGUGAGAAUGCCGACAUUGUCUACAGUAGAGCGGAAGGAGACGACACGUUCACAGUGGACCCGGAGACAGGAGCGGUCCGAGUGAACGGCACUCUCGACAGAGAGGCGGCCGACAGGCAUCUUGUUGUCGUGCAGUCCACAGACAAAGGAGAUCCUCCACUGUCCUCCACUGUCACCGUAUUAAUCCACGUCGGGGAUGUGAACGACAACAGCCCGAUCUUCACACAGGGUCACUACAACAUCAGCGUGCCGGAAAACAACGACGAUAAACAAGUUCUAUCUGCUGCUGCAGCCGACAGCGACAUUGGGACCAACGGCCGAGUACGCUACUAUUUAAUGGCCGCAGAUAAUUUCACAAUCGGAGAACUGACAGGAGAAAUCUCGGCAACUUUCACGUUUGAUCGCGAGUCCGUCUCCUCCUACAACUUCACGGUCCUGGCGGUGGAUGGAGGCGACCCUCCCCGCUCAUCAGCAGCAGAGGUCUCCAUCACGGUCACGGACGUGAACGACAACAGCCCGGCGUUUCUGCGCACGCCGUACCGGGAGAUGGUGCCGGAGGACACGUCGACGGGUACCAGUGUGUUCACCGUGACAGCAACGGAUGCAGAUUCCGGAGAAAACGGAGCUGUUUCCUACCAAGAGAACCCAGGCGGCAUCUGUGGCGACCUGUUCCUGGUGGACAGCACCACCGGCGUCCUGAGGACCCGACAGUCUCUCCUCAGGAUCAGCCCAACUGAGCGGGAAAACUGCGUCGCCAACGUUACGGCGUACGACCACGGACCCGACCAAAAACGCACGGCAGUCGAGGCAAGACUACGAUUAACACUGUAA